UAUGAUUCGCAAAGUCACAGUAAUGUAACAGUUGUUAAUGCGGAUAUCCGUUAUUGAUUUCUUGUCUUAUCGCGUUAACUCAUCGGGACUGUAACAGCUCGAGGUUAACAGUUACUUUGUAUUCACCAUCACUUCCGCUUCUGUUGGCUGAAACUGAGUUCACUUUAGGUGACCGUCCAGUCUGAGGGUGAAGUGUCAGCAGCAGGUGAGCUAACAAAGUCCACAUAAAGUGACUUAAACAUGGUUUACAACAAGGACACGGAGUCCGAGCCUCGGAUCUACGGCUACAGCAGGACCGCCUCCGCGGUGCUGACCCACUGUGCGUGUGUCGUGUUCACGGUGAUCAUCACAGCUCUGUCCCGACCCGGUACAAGUUGGUUUUCUUGGCAUCCUUUUUUUAUGACUUUAGCGUUCACCUUCUUCAUGACAGAGGCCAUACUCCUCUUCUCCCCUCAUGGCUCCCCCAUCAAAAGGUUUUCACAUAAGACAAAAGGUCGUGUUCACUGGAUCCUGCAGUGCCUCUGUGCGUCCUGUGCCGUCCUCGGCCUGGCAGCCAUCUCCUACAACAAACACCUGAACGGUAAACCCCACUUCACCUCGUGGCACGGUCUGCUGGGCCUGCUCACAGUGUGUGUGGUGGGGCUUCAGUCUGUGGCAGCCGUGCCUCUCAUCUACACCUCUCUGGCCAAAGGAUGGUCCCUGGCCAAACUCAAACGCUACCAUGUGGCGUCCGGACUCGUCACAUACCUGCUGGGCAGUGCCAGCCUGCUCCUCGGCCUGAGCUCUGCCUGGUUCACUGCAGCUGUCGGGAAAUACACCUGGUACCUGUCAGCGCUCUGCACUGCUCUCAACGCCCUCGUCAUAAUGAACCAGAUCACCAGCGCGUACAUGGCGAAGAAACGUCUGCACUCCUGACAGAAGACAUGGUAUCGACUCUUUAAAACACUCACUGAAUACGUGCGAAAGGUUUGCCUCGGAGAUUUCAUAUUUUACUCACAUGCGGUCAAGUUUGAUUUGCUUGAAAUUCAAAAAGGAACUGAUGUCUGCAGCUGCUUUGAAGGUCCUCACAUUUCAUGAUGCACGAGUGCCAAAUGUGGAUAAUGAAAUAACUUUUCUUGCCUUUUUUACAUUUUUACACAGAACCGUUGAAGACACCAAGGUCAUGUCGUAUGUAUUUGUUUUCUAGGAAUUUACAUUUGACAACAACAAAUAUUUCACAAGUCGGGCUUAAGUUUAUGGCCAAAUACUUGUAAAAUUUAAGCUGUAGUUGGUAGUUUUUAUAUAAAUAACUUUCACAUUUGCUAAAACUGUCACUUCAUCCUGAUAUUACUACAAGACAGAUAGUAUGUGAAAUAACAAACUAUCCUCCUCCUCCUUCUCGUUCAUUAAAAGCCCGGUAUACACUGUGUGAUUCUGGGCUGUCCCACACGAAAGAUGAACUAGUGAAAGAAACGUGCCGAUAUUUUUGGUCGUGGCUCUAAAACGGUACGUCCUACGUCACACAGUGAGAGAGGAUCAAGGAUGGACAUUGUCACGGUCUUGGGAUGAAAUUGUGACAGUGUCUGAAAUUUGGGAUGAGCAUCUUACUGCGUGACUGCUGCUACGAGCUGCGACUACUAACCAACCAAUAGAAAUGCAGCGUGAAAUAACGCACUGAUAAGCGUGACUCUAGUGCCAAUGAUAAAUGCUUAUAGAUGCUAAUAACUACUUCGAGAUCUCAUUGCAAAAUUGGCAUGCCAAGUUUCCCCAGCCACGACCGUACCCACAUCCUCCUACUCUUAUUCAGGCUAUUUCCAACACACAUAAAUGCCACUGCAGUGAGGGCUCGAUUUGUUUUUGUUUUUUUUACAGUUUGCUGUUACCAAUACAGCGGCGCAGAUUGAUGAUGCACGCAGACAAAGUUUUGUUCUUGUAUAUUGACGUCGAUGGACAUACUUUAUAGCCCAUGAUCAGCAUUAUCAUCAUACAGUCUGCAAACAUCAAACUUGAUGUUGCACCCAAGUUUUUUAGAUCCCUGUCACGCAGUGUAGCUUGCAUCAAACUUAUAGGACUGCUGAAAUCUCCCAAUCUGUAGGAGGCUUAAUGGCGUUUGCUAGAAUCCGCAAUAGCUGAUCAAACGAUCAAUCAGAGCCGAGGAGUUUCAAACGCAGCCGUCAGUCAUGUAAAUCACUGCUCGUGAAGUGCCGACAAUCUGUCAAACGAGGCAGUGCUGAUUAAAUCUGAAUCAUCUAUUUAUGACCCCAAAUGUUUUCAGAAAUGUGUUUCAGUGUACAGUUUAGCUGUGAAAUGAGAAAGUCUGCAAACCGCUCACCAUGUUGAAAACGGUUGAGCCAAAAUGAAGCAAAAAUCUAAUUUUACAGCUAAACGGUACACUAAAAUAAGUUUCUGAAAAUGUUUGAGGCGAAAAAUAGACAAUGCAUGUAACAGAAUUUUGACUCAUAUUUUGACAGCGUUGACAGUUUGACCGCAGUUCGCGAGCAGUGAUUGACAUGACUGACAGCUGCGUUUGAAACUCUUCGGCUCUGAUCGGUUGUUCUCGUUCACAUGUGGUAGAUUUUAACAAAUGCCAUCAGAAGUGCUACAAGGAGCAGGAACCUUAUUUUAUUUUUUCACAGAUUAUCUGUCUCGUGUACUACUGUGUGGGUUUAGAGACAGUUUCAGUGAAAAGUUGUUUUUAAGUUACCAAUUACAGCUUUAUUGACAUUCCUAUCAGCCUCAGCUCUACUUUGUGUUUACUGCUAAUUAGCACGUUAGCAUGCUAAAAUGCUUAAACCACUGAACAUGGUAAGCAUUAAACCAGCAAAUAAUCAGUAUGUAAACAUGUUAAUGUUAGCAUUAGCAUCAGUGUGCAGCCUCACAGAGCUGCUGGCAUGGUCGUAGACUCUUGGUCAUAUUUUAGACUGAAGUGCUUGAAAUGUGACUGAUAUUAGGCACAAAAAAAAUCAAUAAAUAAGAAAAUAAAUUGUGCAGUGUGAAGGUUUUGAUAGCUGCAAGACCUUCACAUUGGGAGAUACAAUUUGAAGAAAAAAAUAGGUACAUUUCUAAAUAAAAUAAAAUAAAAGUAUUGAUGACUAGCCAAAAAUUUCUGCUGGAGGAAUGAUUUAUAACCUUAAUACUUUUAAAAAUCCUCUCAUCUGUUUUGAGUAUUUGUUGAAUUAUUGUAUCUCAGGUUGCCUAUCCUGCCUUUUGAUUAUUUAUGCUGCCUUUGAUUACUUAUAUAGUCACAUAUUUGAAUGGUAGAGAUAUUAAAUCAUAUUGAAGAUAUAUUGUAAAUUAAAAGCAUUUGUAAAUGAUUCACACUGCAAUAGAAGAGUGUUUUAUUGUUAAAAUAACAUUGAUAACACAGUCAUAUUCUGCUUCGAUCUAGGCUGCAUGUACGAAAUUCUUACUGGAUCAGCCGUCAAUGGGUCAAAGUGAACAAAAGGUUAAAAAACGUAAUUACAAAAAAAGAAUGUAUUUUCCAUCAUAAAUAAAUAAAUUUUGGACGCUUACAUUGAAAUAAAGGGAAACACCUGCCAAGUGAGUGAACACUGAUAAGAAGUUAUAAAAAACAUUUAAAAAAGAAUGAAAUAUUUUCAUAAAACAUAAAAAUGCAAGUAAGUGACGAGAAAGGGCAGACAGGUUAAGUUUUAGAAACUGAUGAUUCCCAAGAUUCAAAUGUGUUUCCAAACGGGUCGAGAAGACUGAGAAUAAAGACAUGGCGUCAGUAUGAUGUGCCUCGUACAGUUCACAAGCAGAUAUGAUCCUUUUUCAAAGUGCCAGCUCCACCUUCAGAUCUGAAACAAACAAGACAUGCUGAAAAAAACCGGAGACAGAGUCGAGUUCGAUAGAAACGAAGCAUCCAGAACAACAACAGGGAAGAGCCGGUAAUAACAAAAAGUACUCAGGCUGUGGGACAAAACGUCUCUACAUGAAAAUGUAACUUUCUAGGGAAUGAUCUGUUGUCUCAGGUUAUCCAGUGUCUUCUAAAAGGCUAACGACCACUGAGUCUAGCCUGUUUCACCGACGGAGAAGGGGGACUUUCCUAAAUCUACAUACCUUGAGGUGUCGUCACGUCACAGAAACACAAGGCUACAGAGAACAGCAAAGACCUAAACUCCCUAAAGCACGGCAGACCUACACUGACUGACACUACUGACAGAAGCUACUUACACUGCUCUUAAAGACGCUCCUCUGUGAAAAGCUAGCACAUAAUGGCACUGUCAGUUCGGUAAGGCCACCACACCACCUGACCUGGUUCUGCCACAGUCGCCGGUGGUUGUAGUGAAAUGUUCGAUAUCUCUUUUAAAGAUUGGUGGCUACGUUGACUCAAGGUUUAAUACACUCAGCCUGCAAUGUUUUCUACAGUUUACAGGGUUCCCACAGUUAUGGAAAACCAUUUUUCCAGGCCUGUAAUAGUCAUGCAAUAGGUAAAAAGUAAAAGUAAUUGGAUUAUUAACACUUUGAAACCUGAGCUUAUUGGCUCAAUUUCUUUCAAAAACGUGAAGACAGCCAUGAGCAACCCCAGAAUUAACAAUAAAUAAAUAAAAAGUACAAGAAAAUUACCUGAAAAUUAUCACAAAAAAGGGAUCUGUAUCAUA